UUUCAAAGGUUAGCUGCUUGUCUCAGCGUAUCUGUUGUGUAGUUUUAUGCGUAUAAUUUUGGGAAGUGUGCGCGAUACUUGAAUUCCAGGGGAACUUCUGUUUUCGCGUUCAAGUGGAAUCCGGGGCUGUGGCGACAAUGGAGGAAGAGGAGGAGGUUGAUGUAGGAGGAGUGGAGAUUCCAGGAGGCUUCUCUGCGGAGAUCUACGCUGCGGAGUCUAUGGCAGCUGACAUGGACCCCUGGAUUAAGUUUGACGCACUCAAGACACCCCGAGCUGAGUUUGAGGGCUGGCUGAAGUCAAACCGACCAUCACAAGUCAUGCGGUAUGGGGACGGGGAAGACGGAUCCUCCCCAGUAGGCUGGAUCGCAGUGUAUGGCCCAGACGAAUUUCCCAACUCAGGUGACGUUGUCGGUCUCCAGGAAUCCUGGGAGAAGCUGCUAGCCAGUGGCAGGCUGGUGGAUUUCCAAACGGUGAAAGAGCUGGCGCUGAACCACAAUGUGCUGACGGGCAAGUGGCUGAUGCACCUGGACACCGGAUUCAAGGUGGACCACGCUUGGGAAUGCAUUGCCAGAGCCACCAUAGAGGGGAAGAUUUCUGCGGCGAAAGUGAGCCCACGCGGACGUGAAUCGGACGGUCAGCAUGUCAUCUGUGUCUAUAACCAGACGUUUACAAAUGAGGAACAAGUGAUAAGGCUGGAUUCAGUCAUCCGGGCCACGGGGGUCAAGUGUCCACUGUUCUAUAAGCCUGAUGUCUACACUUACUUAGGCAUCUACCGCAACAACCGCUGGAAGCUAUGCCCCACGAUUUACGAGAGUAGGUUUGACCUCGAAUGUGUUCCACGCCGCUCCCAUAUUGUCAACAGGGUAACUGGAUUGGUCGUCACAUGAGACUGACUGACAAAGGAGUGGAAGGUGUGUCCAGUCAGUUAUAUGUAUCGGAUGGUGUAAUUAUGAAAUAUUUUGAGGAUGUGUAUCAUAUUAAAGCUCAUAUAUGAAGAAGGACAAAGCGGAGUCCUCCAGCACUACUACGCGUGCAGCCUUUUACCCUUUGUUAGAAGCAGCCGUGUGGCAAAAAUGUUUACCUGAAAUA